AUGUUUUUUUUCUUAUCCAUUGUUUUGCUUUUUUUGGCUUCGUGUGGCGCCAGUGGUUUACUCCCACUGGACGUGAUUCCCGAACGCCUUAAUCGCGGGGAGUUUUUUUGUUCACCCGUUGGUGAAGACGGUGGUAACCUUUUCGACGAGGAAUAUUUUAAUAAGACUCCGGCAACAUUUCGGCAGCUUGUGGAUCAUUCGAAAAAUGGAGGCUCUACGUUUGAUCAACGCUAUUGGGUGGAUUAUUCAGCGUGGAAUAAGAGUGAAUUGGCCAUGCUUUAUAUCCGAAUCGGAUCUGGAGAUUUUACUUCUCCCAGAGGAUAUCCUGGAAUUUACGGGCAUGAACGAAAUAUGUUGCUUUUUACUUUGGAGGGUCGAUACUAUGGAAAAAGUCUUCCGUUUCCUUUGACGGAGACAGAAAAACUGAAAAAGUACCUCAAUGUGGAUAUUGCCUUGGAGGACAUACGUGGUUUUCAGAAGUUUGUUGAGGAAAAGCUCCUUCAGAAAAAGCUUCGUUGGCUUAUAGUGGGAGGGAGCUAUGCUGGCGCUUUAGCUGUGUGGUUCAAGGCAAAAUAUCCAACAGCCGCUUUGGCUGUUUGGAGCAGCAGUGCGAUUGUUGAAGCUCAGUUUGAUUUCUAUGGUUUUGAUGGGCGUGUCAAGUCUGCAAUUUCACCGGAAUGCGUCCGCGAAAUUUAUGCUGUACAAUCAUUGUUUUCUGAGUUGUGGGAAAAUGAAACCGCUCGGGUGAGUUUUUUGAACCGAUUUAAUAUUCCACACUAUUUUGACAAAUCUGGUAUAUUGUACAUGAUGGCCGAUGCUGUGGCAGGUGCGGUUCAGUAUGGAAAAAAAUGGAAAAUGUGUGAUCUGAUUACGCAGAAAAAUGAUAUGGAUAUAAUGGGGCGUUUUUUUUAUAUGAUUAACCUUAUUUAUGGACAAUCAUUUACUACCAGUUGUAUUUACAGUACGGAAUGCUUGUCGAACAGCACAAUGUCAAAUCAAUGGGUAGGCACGGGAUAUGCAUGGUUUUAUCAAUCCUGCAGCGAACUGGCAUUUUUUCAGGUAGGCUAUUAUAAUGGUCUUCGAUCUCUUGAAUUGAAUACGGAGUACUUUGUGAAUCAAUGUCGUUCGGCUUUUGGAGACUCCGUUUUUCCAGAUGUCUUUCGCUUCAAUGUUAAAUGGGGAGGUAAAUACCCUAAAGCCUCAAAUGUGGUUGCAACACAUGGAUCGUCCGAUCCAUGGAUUGACUCUGGAGUCACGACAACAAAUGGGCCUGGCUAUCGAGUUCUUAUUGCGAACUGUGCGGACUGUGGGCGGUCUGGCGAUCUUGCGACUCCACGACCAACGGAUUCAGAAGCAUUACAAUUACAGAGAGAUGAAUUGGCCUUAUUGUUGGAUACUUGGAUGACAAGUGAACGCGUCUCCUAUAAAUUUGUCCUCGGCGGCAGCUUUAUCAGCCAGGCCUUGCUGGAGAAGGAGAAAUUGAUGAAAGCCAUUCAGAGCGAUCUUCAUGAUUUUUUUGAUCACAGUGCUGAAAUCCAUGACUUUGAAUUUGAUCGUACAAGUGAAAAACUGACCAUUACCUUUGUUUUCUAUGCAAAUCGUAUGAAUAAAGAGCGUAUAUCUUCUUUCUCACGCAAUAUACGGAAGAAUUCCUCUUUUCUCUUGGCUACAAAAAAAACACUUUCUCAUUUUAGGGUUGAAGAUGAGGCUUUGGUUAUUGCUUUUGAACAGAUUUCAACACCAAUUAUUGAUGAAAAUCCGAUGAAUGAAAAUGAAGUGAUAUACCUUUUGCGCUAUAUGGGAUUUUUUUUACUGUUUCUAAUUUCAUUUGCUGUGAUUGCAUGUAAAUACCGCAUUCAGAAAAACAAAAACAAACAAACAAUUCUUAUUCCAUAA